UUAGCGAGAGAGAGAGAGAAAAGAGGACUCUGAUGCUGAGAAGACGAGAAGUCUUCUUCUUAAUCCUUCCGUGACAGGGAAGGAGAAUAGAAGAAGAAACAGAGGAAGAAGCAGCGCAGGCAGAACCUAAAAAAUCUCUCGAUUGAGAGACAGAACAGAAACAUAAAGAAAGUUCUUCUCCUCCUUGACGCCCCAUAUGGAAUCUCCUCCCCUAACGAACGACAACUCCAACAAUCAGAACGAGGAGGUCUCUGGAGCUCCUCAGGUGGAUCUCUUUUUGAAGGAGGCUCUUCAGAACCCUCGUCAUCGUCUUACUGUUCUGCGAAUGGAGUUGGACAUCCAGAAGUUUAUGGAAAAUCCUGAUCAACAUCAGUUUGAGUUCCAACAUUUCCCAACUUCGUACCUAAGGCUAGCAGCGCACCGUGUUGCCCAACACUAUGGCCUGCAGUCAAUGGUGGUGGACAAUGUUGUGGAUGGGUUAGGAACAAGAAUAGUGGUCAGGAAAACAUCUGAAAGCAGAUAUCCUACUGUCUGUCUCUCCGAAGUUCCUCCAAAACAGUCAGAAAAUGAUAAACCUGAACAGGUUAAGAUUGCCAUCAGGCCAAGGCCAUAUAAAGCAUCCCAAAAUGAUGCGAGUGAACUAGGAGCAAAGAGCAAUCCUGCAAGAACUGUGGAAGAGAGGAAAGAGGAGUAUGACAGGGCACGGGCCCGUAUUUUCAGUAGCUCUAGCGGUUCCGACUCAGAAGGUCCAUCUUCUGCAACAAGUGAGGGAAGAAGUUUGUGUUUGACUAAGGAUGAAAGUGAAGGUUCCCGGAGUGUCGUGGAUGAACUGGAAAAAAUCCCAAGCACUCGGGAUGGUAGUUCUAGAGUUGCCAUCUUCAGAGAUAGGGAGAAAGAUCGUUCCGAUCCUGAUUAUGACCGAAGCUAUGAGAGUUGUUUCAGGUAUGUUAGGGGCCUCACACCUAAUCAGGGCUUUGGCUUGGGACAUUUCAACAUUCAGGGCUUUCAGCCUUCAUUUGUGCAAUAUGAUUCAGGUUUUCCCCAGUUGCCUCAGACUCAAACAUCCUUCAGCUACAGGCCUUCUUCAAGUCCAGUUAUGAGCACUUUUUGUGCCAUGGGAUUGAAUCCGACUUCUAGUGAUGCUGUCUAUAUGCAGGGAUCAAGUCCUGCAAUGAUGUAUGUACAGUCUUAUGAGCAAUUUAGGCAUGCUUUCUUUCAGGCUCCUUUCUAUCAGCAACCCCUGAGCUUUGAUUAUUCACAAAACCAUUAGAAGACUGGCAGAAGUGAUUUUCCUUUUUAGGUCGUGUUAUGAGUAGGGACAUUGUUGAAGAAGUUUUCUGAUAUACAUCAUUAUUCCUAUAUCAGCUC